ACCUCCCAUCUGCUCCCAGCUAUUUUAUUUAUCCAUUUACUUAUUUAGACUCUUUGUUUUCAAAGAAAAAUAUGUUUCUGCCAACAUUCCAGUGAGGGCGACUGGGCGACUGAAAGGAAACCAAGGAGACAGAGAGAAUGCCAGAGCAACUUGUGAAGGUGCUGUUGAGGUUGAUAAAGAAUGGUUGCUGUUUUCAUCUCUUUAAAACUGAGAAAUUGUAUUUUUGAAGACAACCAAAAGGAGAAUGUAUUCUGGGUGUGGCUGCAUGUGAUUUACCCAAUAGCCAAAGUGGGGGGGACGCCGAAGGGGAAAGACAGAGCGUUUUCUGCUGAAGGGAGUGGAAGCUGAGGGCUGCAGGAUGAAGAACUCUGGAACCUGUACACUGCUGUGUCUCUUGGCACUCUUCUUGUCCCCAGCUGACUGGUUUCCAUGGGUGGUCAAUGGGCAAGAACCAGAAACUGCAACUGGUGAUGUUACCCCUGCCUCUCUUCUCAGCAGCCCUGCUGCAGCCGACACACCACCUGAGGUUCUUCCUACCAUUCAGUCUGACAGUGAAACUGCAACAGCUUCAUCAGACUGUCGUGAAGAAAAGUUUCCUUGCACGCGCCUGUACUCUGUUCACAAACCAGUAAAGCAGUGUAUCAGCUACCUCUGUGUUACAAGUGUGCGGCGCAUGUACAUAAUAAACAAGGAGGUGUGCUCUCGCAUUGUCUGCAAGGAGAAUGAGGUCAUGCAAGAUGAGAUCUGUCGCCAGCUGGCUGGCCUUCCUCCUCGACGUCUGCGCCGAUCUGGGCAACCCCUGCCUCUCCCUUGCAGACAGCUUCUGGAGCAGCAGCGUGGAAGGCCUGACGCUCUCUGAACUCCCAACAGUAGGAGAGGAAAAGGAAGGGAGAGAAGAGAAAUCCUCAUCCACUACCUACCCGAGACAAGUCCUUCUUGUUUGUGAUUUCCCCACCAUUUUCUUGCUUCUAUGCCUUCCCCUACAUCCUCUUCUUCGGGUGCUGCAGUACACAGAGUACUCUGCUAGUCUGUUAUGGUGGCUCUUAUCUUUAAAAUCUGUUGCUGAGGAUAUAAGAUGCUCUCUCCUUUCCUCUCUGUCUGGCAGGCCACGAGCUACUCAUUUCCCAGAGGUCCUUAUGAAUGUGCUGCAUCUUCUCUUGCUUUGUCCCUGGAGGGAUAUUUUGCAUGGGGACAGGAUGUAGUCCUUUCCAAUGGUACAGAUGCCCUAAUCUGCAUUUCACAUGGAGGAGUACAAACUAGGACUAAGCCCUAGGAUUCCUGCCCUAUAUUUCUUGCAAUGGCAUCAGUAUGAGCUCCAAUAUUGUUAGUCAGCCUGAGCCUCUCUGAUUCUCCCGAACCACUGCGUUUGUUGUGUGAUAGCACAAUCUCCUCCUUGUGUCUGCUGGCAUGAGAGAAGUGAUAGAAAUGGUAGAUGAGCUAUCCUGAACCCAACGCACACCUCACUGUCCCUGGAUAGCAACAGAUCAUUUAUAACUCCCUCUGGGAAGUUCUUUGUCCCAAGCCCAUUGCCUCCCUCACACACAACUGCUACCAAGAGGAAGAAUUCUGGAUUUAGUAUGGCAUUGUAUUUUUCUCAAGAAGAUUAUGUUGGAACAGAGUGCUAUCUCUUACACUCCCUCCUCUCCUCUCCCCUAUUCUUGUCCCUCCCUUCCCAUUGAAGACAUCCCUUGAUGUCCAUUCCAGGCAAGUUCCAAGGAGCAGUAAUGGCUGUCUCCACUCCUAAGCCUAAGAAAGCCCAUGAAGAACCUGUGUGUCCUGACAGUAUGGGGAACUUGCAAUGAAUUAGCUAGUACUGGUGUCUUGUCUUGGUCUGGCUACCUCCACACUCUCCAGUUGCUGAGCCUGCUUUCAAUAUCUCCACUUGAGUUCCUACCUCCUGACCUGGAAAUUUCUGCACAAAGCAGAAAGGGAUCACAAAUUGGAAUCAGAUGUGGGAGAAGGAUCAUUAUCUGGGAUCCCUGGUUAUCUGGGACCUGGGAUUUUCCUGCAGGUUCCCUGACUGGGCUGACCUGUACAGAGCCAGGUGCUGAUGGGGAAGGUAAACAUAUCUGCAGAUCUAAGUGCUUAUAGAGGCAGGCCAGCCUGGGGACAAGAAUUACUCUGGUAGCACUGGAUGUCUGGUCUGCUCAAGAACUUUGUAUUUCAGAUAUAUGGAGAACAUUUCCAGGUAUAUAGGCAGUUUUCAUGAUGACACUGGGUAGGGUAAGUGGGGAAGAGCAAUCUGAACUGUAUUAAUUAUUCUUGUGUGACUCUCAGUGGCAUGAUUCUGUGGGGCACCGGAGCACUGCAGCAGAUCAGCAAGACCCUGUCUCUAGGAUCUCUGUGUUGUUCCCAGCUAACAGAGAGACAGUUUGCUAGAUUAGGCAUUCACCCCCAUCACAUAACAUACUCUGCUGCUGACAGAGUACCAUUCACCCUUGUAGGGACACUGCUCUCCUGCACAGAGCCAGGGUCACACAAUAUCAGGGACAGUUUGCUGCACAGAGCCAGAUGUCUCUGAGAAAAAGAGCAAAACAAUUAAUGUAAGGCCAUCUCACCUGGACUAGGAUUUCUGCUGUAUGCAUCAAUAAGCUGUUUACAUCCUCUCUGUAGGGGAAGACACCCUGUGCAGACAGAUUUGUUCUAUAUGAGGUCAAAAUUGGCCGUAGAUGGGCUAAAUUGCCUGUGUGGAGGAAGGUAGGAUGGAGAUGAGAUAUUAGAGGGACAUCUUGGAAAUUGGACUAGGCCAAGUCUUCACUCCAUAUUUAGGGUUGAAUAUAAGUCAAUAUAGAUAUAUAACUGUGUAACAUAGCUCCUGUACAGCAUAUAGAAAAUUUAACAUUCAUACAGUUUGGGAAGUGGUUAGAAGCCUUUCUGUUGCUUGCUUUCAGCAGGGUCAGGAAGAGGUGCUCCUGUCCAGGAGAACACUGUUUUAAUGCUAAAGUCUAUAUAAUGCGUAUUAAAGGAAAAUUUAUUUCCUAUUAUUCUUGGCAACUCUCAUGUCUCUGGGUUUAUUUGUCUCUUGCUAUAUUUCCUCCAGAUUUGUGGGGAAACUUGACUCCAGCCCAAAUCUGUCAUUUGGACCUUUUUAUUCCCUGCUAACCUAGUCCUUUGCUGCCACCCUCCCUUCACUCGUGAAUCACAGGUCUUCCUGGGAAGUCAUUAUUUUUUCUAGAGAAACAUAAGAUUUGCUCCAGCACUUUUUUUCCUGUGCAUAGCUCUGAUAGAUUUUCCUGACAGUUGGUAGCUGCUGAAUACAAGAAUAAGUCCUCCGAGCCCAUUAAAUUUGUGCUGAAAACACAUAUUUUCACUGUGCAUGUGCCAUGACUUUCUGGUGGGGAAUUAACAUCUCCAAGUAAAAUGGUAAGGUGACUGAAAUAA